AUGGCGUCCGGCGGUGAACGGGAAGGUGAAGAGAUGAUGACUCGGGAAAAGAGGCCUUGGUCACCGGAGUCUCCAUCACGAUCUCAGGACGGUCGCCAUCAUGCAAACCUGACGAGCGGAAUUGCGCAAAAUACUACUUACAUCGAUGAGUUCAGCUCAAAAAGACCGAGAUUGGCCGCUAUGACUCCGAACCGCAGUAUUGCUGCUCAGGCGGCGACCUCUCUUCGAAGGGCCAGGCCCCAGCUACAGGACCUGCCAGCUGAGAUCCUUCAGCACAUUUUCAGUUUUGUUGACCCUGUUUCCCUUGGACGGUUGAUCCGCGUCAACAGAUCCUUUCGUUCACUCCUUGAUCCUACAGUACCGCUGCCGCAGCCAUCUGGGCAGGCUAAGCGUCUCAGACUUCGGAGCCAGAAUCUGAUUUGGACCAUAUCCAGGAAUACCUACAUUCAGGGAUUUCCCAGACCGGUGGAUGGGAUGACUGAACUCGAUACCUGGAGACUCGCCCUUUCGCAGGUUUGUCAAUACUGUGGUGCGAAGGUCAGGGGUCAGGAUUUGAGUCCUCCAGAACCAUCUCCCUGGCGCUCGUCUGCUCUGUCGCCUGGUCUACCGUUUGCAAUAUUUACGGCCGACCUCCAUUAUGUGCCUUCCAUCUUCUUGAGGAAUACAUCUCCUCCCCUGGGCGUUCAGCUCACCAAGUUUUUCUUCAAGCCUCAGCUGGAGGAACUGGAACGCGAGCGAGACGAUAUCCAGGGAUUUGGAACUGCCGUCCUGGAGGAGUGGUACAAAGGUUUAGAAGCCAGGGGGCGGGAGCAGAACGCGAUUGCAGCUCGGUUUGAGCUUUGGGCAGUCCAAGGGGGGUUCAGGAAGCCAUUUGCCGUGGCCAGGCGAGGUCUGUCUAAGAUCGAGUUGCCUGGUGGAAUGAGUGUUGAUCAAGAAGAGUCAGCCUUUCAACGUCAACAUGUGCGCCAGGAUAAGUUUUCAUCCCUCUUUGCCGGCGACAGGCCCGGCAGUGCCUCUAAAGGUGAUGGUAUUCUGCAUGGAAUACUAUCGGCGGAUCUGCGUGCAGUGAACGUUGGACCAUCCGAAGCUUGGCAUGGUGAUGCCCAUUCGUCCGUGGAUAUUGAGAUUACCCCUACAGCAGACCCAGUGCGGCACAUCCCGCGACAGAGAGUAGAACGAAGUUUGAAAGAGGCCGAACAAGCCAAGGCUGAACGUCGAAAGGAGAUAGAGCGUCGUUGCAUGGCACUCAAUCCUCCCAUCAUGCCCUCGACUCUGAACUAUAUGGAUGCAUUCAAAGCGGCCAUUAUGAUUUCCCAGCCUCUUAAUAAGAGAGCCUGGGAAACUUUGAAACCGCGACUCCUAGCACAACGUCUAGAAGCGGAACACAAAGAAAUGGUGCCCUUCGGUGCACGCCUAGAAGAACACCACGACUCCCAGGCAAACAAAAGGCUCGAGUCCGAGUUGAAAGUCGCCAGCCGAGAUAAGAUUCGGAAAUAUGCUCAGGAAUUCAUCCACCAGACGUGGUCGGAUGGCCGAGGCGUGACGAAGGCCACGGCAAGUAAAUUUGCUGCAGAGGUUCUUUGCCAUGUCCGCCAACGUUUUGCUGAGGUUAUAGCCCGUGAAGACAGAAUGCUUGCAAUGAAGGGCACGGCCUUUCCACAAGAUGCAGAAUCUCAAGCUUGCAGGAUCUUGAGGCUUGAGGACAUGAAAUGGGCAUUUGAAGAGUUCGUCAAGCCACACACCGAAAGGUUUGGAAAAGAUAUAUUCCUUUGCAGAGUUUGCGACACCAACCAGAAGUUGUUCUCAUUCGAAGCGGUCAUACAGCACUAUGCCGCAAAACAUACAAGCGCCCUUAGUAAUGGCAAUACUGUGGUCUACUGGAAAGCUCUUUGGCCCGUCGAUCCGCCAUUCGACCCGUCUCCCAACAUCCCAUGGGUCCAAGAGGGACUUCACAUAGGUGGACAAAAUACCACUCCAUCCUCGCACGGGCUUCCCACAUAUCCAGAUGCUGCCGCGUAUCGCGCUCAGGAGGAGGAUGUUGCAGCAGGUGCCCACGAAUUCUGGCAGAGAUUGCACGGAAUUUGGGACCUUCCUGAUCCCGUACGACUCUACGUUGUCAUUCAACACAUAAGCUCGAGGUUCUUGAAAAAAUUCCACCACGAGCUCAGCUUUUCUUUAUUCAGAGAAGCUGUUACGCGCCACCCGGAGCUGCAUUUCUUGCGAGAACUCUCCCUUCGCUGUAAAAUCUGCUUCGAAGCGGUCACUGCUGUUCCUGAAUCGGUCACCGCGCAUGAUGCUGGGAGGUACUCAUUGCCGGAGCUACUGACCCAUUUCCAGCUCGCUCACUUCGACAGUGACGAAGCCAGGAGGCAGACACAGACAUCUUUGAGACUGGAUUGGAAACGAGAGAUGAUAGCGCUCCCCAGUCGAGCCGCCAUUCAGGCCCUGAGGCACUCCCCGGGCAUCAAUCAAAACAAACUGCAAGUCAUCUCGGAAGCGUUUCCCGAUUACUUUCCGGCUUCAAUGCCCUAUGUCGGAGCGCUCCUACCAUUGCUAGACCCGACACGCCCGUCUUUGGUUUCGGAAGACUCGUUUUUCAGCAAGCACAACGAACCGGUCAAGGGCCGGGGCGCCAUCCGUAAGUUUGGCGCAGGGUCACAUGUUACCAGUUCCGAAGGGUCUGCUAUCGCUGCUGAAGAUGAAUAUGACCCUCAUCGGCCUGCACUAAUAUUUCGACAGCCUUACCCUCCAGAUCCUCGCCAUGGGAUAAAAUUCAUCCCGAGAGGCGAUGAAAGGCCUAGGGUGUUAUCGAGCUAUUAUCAAGAGCCCCCGGCAUCUCGGGAGUACUAUUAUCGGGAGGUUGACCGUGGAUCAUCUUGGGAUGUACACAGCCGAGACGGCCCGCUGUCCGGAGGCUCUAUGGUCUAUUCGCACGACGAGGAGUCCUCGCGGUUUUCAUACGUCGAGCCAUACAACCGCAACAGCGACACGACUCUGGAUGGCGUUGUGGUAGGCAGGCCUGGAAGCAGGGAUGUAGGGCGAUGGCCUGCACCGCUAGGCGCGGACACGGGAUCACCCAGAGCGAGACCAGUCUCUAAAAUCCGGGCUGAUAGUGACGACCUUGAGUCGCGUGCAGCUGCAGAAUUCCUCGACAGCUUCAAUGCUGUGGCUAUCGACUAUUCUGCGGGACCCGACGUGCAUGUUCCAGCAGCGCGGCCCCGUCGGAAUGAGCAGACGCGUUCGGACUUGGCUCACCUGCAGCCUACCGUUUUAUAUUCGCAGGACGCUAGACACCCCUUUCGGCCUGGCAGCAGGGUAAGUGAGCAUCGGUCUCCGCCGUAUCAGGGCCACAUACAGUCGCUCCCGAUGCGGCAGGGUGGUCGGGAUACAGCGGAUGACGAUCACUAUCGGAGCCAUAGUGCCACCAGGUCCGGCUUGUUGGGCCAGGAACCCUUACGGACUCCGCAGGUGACGAUGGUCGCGGGUGGCGAGCACAGGAGCAUUCUACCAGAGCGACCCGAGAGAAGCCAGGUCGAGAGGACGACGAACGUUAUGCGAGAUAGAGAGGUGACAGCAAAUCCGCGGUACGAACCCAGAUAUUAUCCUGUGGAGAGUGAUUUUCUGCUGGACGGUAGAAGGUAUGAGAUGGUUGGUGACAUCCCAGCCGAGACGUACGCCCGUCCACUUGACACCACAACACGGGAAUAUGAGCAGCAUCGCAAUCUGCAGGGACAAGGAUAUGGCCGCGAGGUCGAGGAGCGAUACUGGUACCAAGAACCCAGUCAUGCGGACUACCUUCGAAGAGGUCCCAGGUAUUACGUGGAUGCUCGCCAUGAACAUAUGCCCCAAGCACCUUUGGAAACAGAUGAUGAAUUUGCCGGAUACGACGACCGAUACGCAAUCGAAGACCGUCAAGUCCCCCGACGGCGGAUUCGGGCCACCGCCGCAGACGACCAUCCAGAACUGACUUAUGACCCCUUCGCCCAGCCGAGACCAUAUGCUCCUCGCUAA